GUCGCACCUUGGAAACCGACUAGCGCUGAUUUCCGGGGCAGAAAGGAAGUGGUCGAUGAAGGCCUUUGACGUCGGCAAUGCCUUUACUCGGGCAAGCAUUCAGCACCACCGAGUUGCAUUCUCGAUUCCCGAACAGUUCUGGGAUGGUGAAGAAGAUGAUGGACGGCGUCUUCUCUUGAAAGCUUUGCACGGCCUUCCGAUCUCACCAAAGCUAUGGGGCGACCAAAUCGCCAAAGACCUUCGUAGCCUGGGUUGGACUGAAGCAGCAGCGGAGCCGGGAUUGUGGCGUAAAGUCGACGCUAGCGGCGAGCUGAUCGCAAUUUUGACCAUCUACGUUGAUGGCUGCGUAGUGAUUGCGAAAACGGAUCAGCUGGCGGAUGAGUUGACUUCCCAGGUGCACAAGCUGCACCCGGUCACGAUGAUCAACAUGGAAAAAGC